CUAACAGUUAGCAUCUCCUGCCCUCGUGUGGUUGGUCUAUGGUACUUCUACGGUCUGCACUUCCUUCUCCCCGCCCAUAUAUUGCCACUUCCUGAUCCCUUGCAUGUGGCUUUGAAAGGAGUACUGGAUACGGCAACAUGUCUCAACAAGAAUUCGAACAGGCCGCGGAGCUGGUGAAGAAGCUGAAAACACAGCCCGAGAAUGCCGAACUUCUGCAGAUCUAUUCGUUGUACAAGCAAGCCACAGUGGGGGAUGUGAACACAAGCCGCCCAGGAAUGUUAGACUUCGCAGGGAAGUCUAAAUGGGAUGCCUGGGAAGGCAGGAAAGGGAUGAGCAAAGAAGAUGCUAUGAAGGCCUACGUCGCCUUGGCAGAGGAGAUGAAGACGAAGUAUGGGAUUGCUGAAUGAAUUAAAUCUGUCUGCCUAUGCCACCAUGGUACCUCCAGUGUACCGAUCCAAGGGCUAGAUUCUAUUGAUGAGGUUUUGCAUUUCAAAGAGAAACAAGACUCCUCAGGUAGCCAUGUAGAAUUGAAUAAUCCAGACUAAAAUAGCAAUCACAAUUUACCGGUAUCUAUCAGUUUAUUUAUGAUCAUAAAGUUAUCACAAUGCCAGUCUAAAAUGGAAUAUGUUGGUGCUUGACUUUGCUUUAUGCAUCAAUGUGUGUAUUGUGCAUCUGUAUGGUUUUAAAACUGGCUUACUUUGACAUUGGGAAAGGACUUAACUUGGUUAGUCAAGAGGGCUCUAACUGUAGUCUAAAAGAGAAGCCACAUUGUUCCACCACAGCUUCAGUUUAUUAUGGUCAAAGAACGGUCACAGAACCCCAUUGUUAACUUAAUGCACUUGAUUUUGUUCUAACUACUUUGCGCUAUCUAUCAACAAUGAAGGUUUAGUAUAGUGCCUAAACUGAUGUAUGAAAAAAAAAACUCUCACAAAUUGUGAGAGUUGCCCCAUGUGAUUUCUCUUUUGUAUUACAUCAGUGAGAUGACACUAAGAAUGAGCUCUACUUAGACAUUUUUAUACAUUCCAACAUGUCAACAUCCAGUGCCUGAGAGUCUCACCGUUUAGAAUAUAAUAAUCAACAGUGUUAGCAGUAGGCCUAUACAAUAACAACAUGCUAAAGUUUUUUUUGUUAUUGUUGCUAGUAAAGCUGUACUUAACAACGAACAAAAUGCCAUUGAACAAUAUGUGAUAACUAGAAAAUGUGAUUUAUGUAAUAUUUGCAAUAGAAUAAAAUUCAUGGCUCUGUCUCUACAA